AUGGCUGACUUUCUUGGCGAGCCUCGCCUUUCGCGCCCAGAAGUCAUCAAAAAGAUAUGGGCCUACGCCAAGGACAACGAUCUAUUGGAUCCAUCCAACAAGAAGGAGAUCGUCUGCGAUGCAAAACUGCAGCAGCUUCUGGGCGUGGAGAGGACUCAAAUGCUACAGUUGACGACGCACGUGAACCAUCAUUUUGAGUACGCCGCCGACAUCAAGGAAGAGUCGGCGCCGGUGAAAGGAAGUCCAAAGAGGCAACGGAAAGUCGAAGAGAAGCAGGAGCUGAAAGAGGAGAAGAAGGAGCUCAAGGUCAAGACGAAGAGCUCCAAGCAAGAGCAGAAGAAGGAACUUGCAGAGUCCUCUAACCCGGCGCCUAGCGCCGCCCGUGUAGAGGCUGUGGCCAAAGGCCUCAGGCUGCGUGUGAAUGCGAUGUUCCAACAGCGGCUUGCCCUGGAAUUCAAGACGCCUGACCUCGAACUGGAUCAACUCCGGUUCGAGUUCGUUGCCGUCCCGAGCAAGCCGGCCACGAACGAGCUUCGACGUCCCUGCCAUGCCGGUGCACGCGAAAAUUCAGAGGGAGACUUCGAGUCCGUCGGUGAAGGACACUUGGAGGGGCUCUCUGCCAAUGCCUCUUAUACGGUGUUCGUGGAAGUCGAAGGGGCCGGUCACAAGCUGCGCUCGCGGGAAAUCUCGAUCCCUCAGCGCGCCAGUCCGGGGAACUGGAAGCCCCACGAAGUCCAGAGUUGGGCUCUGACGUUGAGAGUGCCAGAAUUCACGCAGAAGCUGGCCGCCUACAAUGUCAGUGGCGCCACGCUGCUGACUCUCGGCGAGGCCGAUCUCCACAGCUUCGGCCUCGUUGCACCCUUCCUCCGCCGGCGGGUGUCGGAUGCUUUAAAGGUGGAGGAUAGCCCCACCAGCAGCGACCAGGACAGCGACAGCGACGAAGUAGUUGUCAGCUUUCGCAAGCACAAGCUGUUCUGCUGCUGCACGAUCUGUUCGUCUUCCUUGUGUGGCGUUCUGGUCCUCCUCAUCGCCUUCCUCGCCUGGCAAGCCAAAGGGCUGGUGGCCAUCGGCACAUUCAAUGCGAUCGAACCGCGCCUCACUCCGAAGCAAUUUCCCCGCUACAGUAGCUGUGGUGGAUGCAGGGAAGGGAACAAGACGAAUGAGGAGAUUGAGAAGUGCAUCAAGCCCUGCUACAACUUGAGUUUCGUCUUGGAGUGGGAGCGCUUCAAUGCAGAGUAUGGCUACGAGCUGGUGUACUUCCCCUCGCGGCCGGGUCCGCAAGGGGAGCCUUCUGUGAACAUUUCAGCAUGGUGGCUGCCAGCACCUCCGACGGCUAGAGGUCCUGCACCACGCAUUGUGGUUCUGCACGGCGUGGGCUCCAACAACAAUCACUGUGGAGUGCAAGCCACUUGCUUUCUACUGCGAUCCAUCGGUUUCAGCUGCCUCACCCCAAGCGCAAGAGACAACGGCCUCUCGGGCAAGUCGACGCAUCCGGAGAUUACGAGCUGGGCCUACGACUAUCACCUUGACGCUCUUGGAGCCUGGGACUACGCAGUGGAGGAUCCUGAUGGGGUUCUUGGUGGCCCUUUGCCACCGAGCAAAGUUGGUCUCAUGGGCUUCUCCAAAGGUGCCUUGGAGACCGCCAUUGCCUUUGGCAUAGAGCAACGCGCUCCCGGUGCUUGGCUGGACUCGGGCCCCUAUGGGGGUCUCUUUGGGAUGAUUCAGUCGGUUCUUUCCCAGGCGAUUGGCAGGAGACUUGGCGACUUUCUCGCAAGAAUUGUUUUUUUCUGGGCCAAAAUCUUCACGGGCAACCGUGUGGACGUCUUGAAGCCGUUGGUGUUGCUGCACAAUUGCACUCCCGGGAACGUGCGGAACGUGCUGAUUGCCCAGAGCACGCUGGACGCCGUCGUCCCCAUCAAGUAUGCAGGCAUCGCGAUUUCGACCCUUUCUGGGCUUCCUAGCUGCUAUUCGGUGCGCACCUUCACGCCCCCGCAGUACUGCAACGGUGCAACGCAUCACCAGGAGAUGUGGGAGUUCCCAGAUGACACCCGGCGCAAGCUCUGCGAUUUCUGGAGCAGUACUUUCAAGCAAGAUGCGGCUUUCUGCAACCUUGAAAACCAGCCGGAUUUUCAGACCUGGUCACCCGAAACUCCUUUACCUCCGGGCAGCCCUCCCACUCCAAUCUUGAACUGA